AUGUAUGACUUUUUGAAUUCAAAACUGUUACCGAAAGUUUUUUGCAACAAGCCCUCUACGGAGAAUUACGAACCCGAAAAUUUGAUUACCGAGCGAAAUUUUAAUAAAGGUUUUAUAGCAUUCCCUUCGAUAAAACCACCAGUCGCAUUAGAAUUUGAAUUUAUAUGUGGCGUAAAUAUUAACUACAUAAUUUUGAACACUUGCGUGGGCAGUCAAAGAUGUUCCGGUGUCGAAAUCUUUGCGAAAAACUUAAACGUGCCUUACACGUCAAUUUGCAAAGCGGUUUACACGGAGGAAGGUGUAAUUUUUUGCAACAGCAGAAGAUAUUCCAAGGAAUGCCCUCCGCCGCAGCACAGUUCGGAUUAUCACCUAUCCUACUUCAAGUCGGACACGUUUAAUCUGUUCUUGAACGCUACUGGAAUUAAGGUCGUUAUUUUUCGUACGGAAAAAUCGGUACCUUGUAUGGCUUCUGCCCAAGUGUGGGGAAUUCCUUCUAGAUCAUGUUCAAGUACUACCAAAAAUACCAUAGAACGUCUUAUGAACAAAAGUGCGCUACAAAAUACAACUUCAGAUUGCGGUGCCUCUGAGACUGAAGAAUUCAAAGUUCCCAAAGACUUUAGGGACGAUUUAACAUUUGAGCUUAUGACAGUUCCGAUGACAUUGCCUAGUGGGAAAACAAUUGAUCAAAGCACGUUGGACAAACAUUUAAAAAUUGAAUCUUCCUUUGCAAGGAGGGCAUGUGAUCCGUUUACUGGACAGAAGUUUACCGGCAGCUUGAAACCGGUUUUAAAUGUCGCUUUGAAGAGUAGAAUUGAUAUGUUUUUGUUACAAAAUAGCCACAGGCCUGAAACGUUUACUUUAAAAAGAACUUUACGCACUCACAAUUCGGUUCAAAGCGGAACAAAGAAGAUAAAGAUGGGAGGGCAUGGUGACUUGGACGAUAUUUUGGAAAAGGUCCAAUUAGAUCCAAAUUUCCAUUGCUUCACGAGUGAAUCUACAUCCAAAGUUUGUGUUCAAUGUGGCGAUUCACUUCAAAAUAUGUACUUGCUUCCAUGCAAGCAUUGUUGUUGCAGGACUUGUCUAUUAGAUAUCUGUGAUAAAUUAAAGUGUUCCCUUUGUGGCAAUGAAUUUGUUAAAAGUCAAGUUAAAAAAUGUAACAACUAAAAACCAAUUUUGUAUGCAUGAAUUAACU